GCAUGUCCCCCUCCAACCUUUCCCAUUUUAACCCCCGCUUUGUUCAGCAGGCAGAUGAGCCAUGUCAGGCAACAAAGUCACCAAGCAGAAGUCCUGCCAGCACUGCAAGAACAGGUCAGCAUCAGCUCCACACGACGCCUCCACCAUCCACUAUGAGAAGUUCUGGCUGUACCGGCACUGCUCCUCGGUGCAGCAGCGGGACAGGCAAGCUCAGAAAGCAGGGCAGCUCUUCUCGGGGCUGCUGGCCAUGAACGUGGUGUUCCUGGGCAGUGCCUUCAUCAGCAGUAUGAUCUUCAACCACGUGGCCAUCACCCUGGCGGAUGUCUGGAUCCUGCUCUCCAUCCUCAAGGUCUUGUGUCUGUGCUGGAUUAUCUACUACCUGCUGGGUACCAGCCGGCAGCCCCAUGCGGUGCUGUACCGGGAUUCCCAUGCAGGGCCCAUGUGGAUUAGGGGGUCAGUGCUGCUCUUUGGCAUUUUCAGCAUCCUCCUGAACACGUUUCAUAUCGGCUACAGCGCGGUCCUCAUCCAGUGCAAAUCCAGGGUGGAAAUCGUGUUCCCCAGCAUUGAAAUCCUUUUUAUUUGCACCCAGGCUUUUUUCCUGUGGCAUCACUCCAAGGACUGCAUUCAGGUGCAGCACAACUUCACCAGGUGCGGGCUGAUGCUGACCAUAGCCACCAACCUCCUGCUCUGGCUCUUGGCCGUGACCAACGACACCAUUCACAUGGAGAUCGAGUCUCAGCUGCGUGAGGUGGAGCAGCGAUUUGCAGGCAACGAGACCGUCUCAUGCACAUGCCCAAACACAACCAUCUGCAAAGUCUUCCAGAAGGGCUACAUCCUGCUCUACCCCUUCAACACUGAGUUCUGCCUCGUGUGCUGCUCCGUGCUGUACGUCAUGUGGAAGAACGUGGGGAGACGCAUCAGCCACCACCACGUCCCUCACGUCAAGCACAAGUUCAAGCUGCAGGGGGUGGUCUUUGGACCACUGCUGGGUGCCAUUGCUGUGAUCAUUGGGAUCUGUGUCUUCAUGAUGUACCAGAUCCAGGCCACCAGCUCCGUCCCGGACCGCCAGGUCUUUGUGAUGUUCUAUUCAUACUACGUUGUACUCCUGCCCCUGAUGAGCGUGGGUGCAGUGGCUGGGACGAUCAUCCAUGCCUUGGAAAAGAAGGAGCUGGACACAGUGAAGAACCCAACUCGCAGCCUGGAUGUGAUCCUGCUGAUGGGGGCAGCCCUUGGGCAGAUCGGCAUGUCCUACUUCUCCAUUGUUGCCCUUGUAGCCACCGACCCCAGGGAGCUGCUGAACAGCCUCAUCCUGUCCUAUUCCGUCCUCCUCAUCCUUCAGACCAUCACCCAAAACGUCUUCAUCAUUGAUGGGCUUCACCGGCAGCCCUUGGUGGCAAUAACCGAGGCCAGACACACAGGACACGCCAGGCACCAUGCAGCAGCUUCAGAGCGACCUGAGGAAGAGGAAAGCACAACAGGCAGCAAACAGGGGCACACACACUCCGGCAAAGAGGAAGACACAAAAGAAGAGCAGAUCCAUGAAGCCUGUGACCAGAGGCGACUGAGCAUGCUGGAGCUGGGACACGAGCUCCGCAGAGCUUCCCUGUCCUAUAUCCACAGCUACUCUCACCUGAGCUGGAAGAGGAGAGCACUGAGAGAGAUCUCAUUCUUCUUGGUUUUGUGCAACAUCAUACUCUGGGUCAUUCCCACAUUUGGGGCUCACCCCGUCUUCGAGAACGGCCUGGAAAAGUCCUUUUACGGCUACUCCACCUGGUUUGCCAUCGUGAACUUCGGCCUCCCCCUGGGGGUGUUCUACCGAAUGCACUCCGUGGGGGGACUCCUGGAGGUCUAUGUUACAGCCUGACCCACUCCGACUGCCACCAAGGGGCUGGGGUGAACUGGUGAACAAAGGUGCAGGG